AGGUCAGUGUUCCUGUGAGAAUCAGGUCAGUGUUCCUGUGAGAAUUAGUUCUGUGUUCAUGUGAGAAUUAUUAGUUCUGCGUUCAUGCGAGAAUCAGACCACUGUUCCUGUGAGAAUCAGUUUUACGUUCAGGAAACAUAUACAUACUACCUCACCCUCAAUGUACUCAGUGUGACACUGAAACAGUAUCUCAGUGUAAUAAGGGGUAAUACUUAGCUCUGACAUGGGCCAUGUCGAUGUCGCACAAUAAAGACACAUCUCGGUCAUCCACCAUGGCGCAGCUUCAAGGUCAUGCUCCCCAGUCCAGGAUGGGCUCUCAAGAUACCAACCCCCCGUCAAGGGAGACAAAUCCGUUCUGCAAAGCCCCCGCUCCUGCAUCGAGAGAAACCAACCCUUCCUCUAGGGAGAGCCCGGGCAGUCGCGGUGGCAGUUCCUGGGGCAUCAUGGCGCACGUGUACGAGCGCGUGCUGCACAUCAUCAACAAACCCCCCACAGAGAGGGGGGACAGUGAAAUAGACACCAUCCUUCCCUGGUUCAGGAAGAAGGCGGAACUCUUCAAGGAGCUGAAGACAGAAAUAUUGCUGGAUAUUGUGAAAAACUGUGAAUUCUCAACAUGUCAGCGUGAUCACGUGAUCAUCAGACAAGGCGACAAGGGAGACAAGUUUUACAUCAUUCUCACCGGCACCGUCAGCGUCCACAUCAACACCAACCUCGUCGAAGACGACUUCGAGUCCAUCAAACAGAAACAGUUGGAUGAAGAGGCUAAUGUUGCCGAGUCUGAGGGGUUCAAGUCUCUGGACAGGUCCAAAUAUGGAACCUACAUGGCCAAGAUACCUGCCGGUAAGAGUUUCGGCGAACUUGCCCUUAUAAGAGCCGACAGUGUCCGCAACGCCACCAUCAUCGCCGACGAGACGACAGACCUACUGAUGGUCAACAGAGACCUGUAUAAUAGAUCACUGCACGCAUAUCAGGCUCAAGAGUUUGACAAGAAGUACGGGUUUGUCGACGACUACCCCCUGUUCUCGGGCUGGAAUCCCCGCUACAAGAGGAUGGUCGCUAUGAGUCUGGUAAAGAGGAGCCUCAAGUUUGAGGACACGGUCAUCAAACAGGACACAGCCGUAGACGGUCUUCACUUUAUAAUUAGCGGACAGGUGAAGAUCGUGGUGGACCCAAGUCUCCACCCCAUCCAGUACCCCACCCUGUUCCCCAAGGGGGACAUCGCAGCGCUGGAGAGGGAGAAGGCCAGGGAGCGGCUCAGGAGGGAGAUGAACCUGGAGAAGAGUAAGGCCGUGGAUAAAAAAAUGACAUUUCAGAAACGGAAACAGCCGCAACAAGAAGGCAAAAAGACAACGAUCCGUCAUCUUGAACUUUGCCUCAUGGGAGCUGUGGACGUAAUAGGUGACUUAGAAAUGGCGCUGGGUCUCUCGACGUACGCCGAAAGCGUCAUCUGCACACAGGAAGCGGAAGUCUACCAGCUUGACCAGCGGAACUACGACCGUCUGAUCGAACGGAGGAACCCGCAAGCCAUCAAGAUGAUGAAGAACAUCGUCCACACCAGGUUGAGCCUCCACUUCUCCAGACUGAGCGAGGAGAAGCUUCCUCUCUUCCGUUACUUCCUCUACACACUGGACGAGAAGGAGAAGAGGGAUAACCAAACAGAGCAAACAGCGUCCCCGGAGAAGUCCCCCGAGCCUGGCUGGAAGGUGGACAAUCUUCAGAAGGGACCACUGGUCAACCUGUUCGGACCGGGCAGUGUCUUCUAUAUGAUCAGAAUGAGAGAGAAGGAGAAGAAGAGACGUACCCAGAGACCUAAACAAUUCGGGGGUUCAAAGUUCGGGGUGACGUCCCAGUCAAAAUUUACGUUUGGCGCUCGCGCUUUACCUGAGGUUGGAAAGUCAAAAGCGAAUAUCAUUGAGGAGUAUGAGAGACAUGAACGCUUGCCUCGACCGGAGAUGUCUGUAGGGCAUAAUCCUUUUAUAACGGAACCCGGGAAGACACCUACUCCAACCUUUCAGAACGGCCAGUCUCAGUUUCCUCCUAAAAUCACGUACCAGGCUGUGGAUGAGGAUCCGGAAGAUCUGCUCCACGAGUCCAACUUGUUUCAGGUCAAUGACAACAAGGGGAGAGAAUCCACGACCACUAGGCAGACGUUGUCGCCGAUGUUGGGGGAGGACGCCGACAGUGGGGACGAGGCGGCGUUGUCAAUCGGAGACACGGCGUUAACUCGGUUGGAGGAGAGGAUCCAGGCUUGGCACAGCAGCUUGGACGACCCGGAGACGCGGUCAGCAGGGGUGAAGAGAGCCGUCAAGCUACACCGAUACCAAGGGAUGUCGGAUGAGCGAAAGCCAAGACCAGGUAACAAAGUUCAUAUGAGGAUGAGGGAUACGACACGAAGCGUUGCAUUCUACACCUACCGCAGCGACGACGACGAUGCGACGUCAGACGCUGACGUUAGGAACAGGGCAUACUCCACCAUGGCAGGUUCUUCGUUGUCAAGUACCCGGAUAUAUGACCUAGUUUCUGAAGUGGAACAUAAUCCAGAGUCCACCAAAAAACUCCGAAAAUCCGCCCAUUCUAACUCUGGGCGGAAUUCACGACGCCGACUCACAGAAAAGAAGCCGAAGAAGCAGUACACUGUGGAGGAAUACAUGGCGUUGAAGCAGGAACUACGCCUCCGACAGAUACAGUACAGAUCCUUCCUCCCGCAGAGAACUUCCUACACCGUGUUUUAGUUGGUGAAGACAGCGCCGCCAUGCGAUGGCGCUCUUGCUGAGUUCCGUUAGCGAGCCCUUAGAACGGUGUGAUGGGUUCUAGUGCUAGACGACAGUCGAGCCGAAAAACGUGUGCUUGCAGCCAAGUCAAGUUGACAUGCAUUUACUCGUGGACGUGGAUGAAUAUGUACAAGUCGAUGUAUGCGAACUUGGGAGAAUACGUACAUGAGUGACUAUCCUCAGAUGGCCAGUGCAUAACCUUUUUGUAACGAUAAAUAAUAUGACCCAUUUGCUACCGUAGACAAAUGACGUCACCAUCUGCACCUCUCUCAUAAAAACAACAACAAAAAGACUUCCCAUAAAAUGGUUCUCGCACACGAGCGUAAAAUGACUGGACGGUUGUUUUUAGCGUAGCGUCUUUCGAUCCCGGCUCUACUCGGAAUAAGUCAUCAUCAUAAGGGUAAUCAUCAAAAGGAAUCGAGAUGUGGUACACAUAAUAAUCAAGGAUGUUGAAUUACCCAUCCGAGGAGUAACGACAUUUUAAAUAUUGCAAAUCGAUCCACAUUAGUUUGAAAUUACAUCCAUUUUAAAAUCCCACUCGUAGCUAUUUCAGUUUAAUCUUAGCAUUUAGGGGCAUUUAGGUGAUCAUUUAUUUAACCAGAUGUGACGUGGUACUGUAGAUUGUCCUCAUCUACAUGGUCAUUUGUAAAAUGAUAUUGACACCGAACCCAUUGUCAUUAGCUCCCCACAGCCAUGCUAACAAAGGGCCAUGGUCAAAUGUCCACUUUAAGUGGACACGGUCAGUAUUAAUGAUGCAGCAUUAUUUUCUAUACACACACAUAUAUAUAUAUACAUAAAUUAUACUACUUUGACAUUUAUCUCUCCGGCAAUAAAUAGCAUAGAUUCA